GCCGAGAAGUUGUCCUAUUAUACCGAAAAUAAUUUAUCUUAUUCCAUGGUGGAUUUUAGCGCGAAAAAUAGAAAAAGCAAGGGAGGAAGACCCCACUGAACAACAGAGGAGGAGUUUAUAACGGAGACUAAAGAGAGAGAGAAACGUUAAAAUAGGUAAGCCGACAUCCAUUUUUGGACCAUCGACGUUGAUGUUUCCGAAGCUUUUCUGUACACUGACGUACAUUUUGAGCUAAAACCUCUCUUCAGCAUACCAAGCAAAGCUCUGAAAACCUCUUCACAAAGAAAACGAGACCUUGCUUAAUUACAAUGGAUCCAUGUCCAUUUGUUCGUCUAAUCGUCGAAUCUCUAGCUCUAAAGCUCCCUCUGGCCACCAAACCAGCCGGUUCCGGCGUCCACCCGUCAACCACCCCAUGCUUUUGCAAAUUACGCAUCAAGAACUUCCCUUCCCAAACCGCAAUCCUCCCUCUCUGCUCUACUGCUAAUGACUCUCCCCCUGACACCUCCACUUCCGCCACAGGAUUCCACCUGGACUCGACCUCCAUCCGCCGUCUCUCUGGGAGGCCCGUCACACUCCAUGUGGAAGUCUACACAGGUAGGAUGGGACAUACCUGCGGGGUCAGCGGCGGCAAAUUACUAGGUCGGGUACAGAUCAGUGUAGAUUUGAGAAAUAUCCAGUCCAACUCAAGAGUGUUUCAAAAUGGGUGGUUAAAGCUUGGGAACCAACCAGAUAAACCUGCAGCACGACUACAUAUCGUGGUCAAGUCUGAACCGGAUCCACGGUUUGUUUUCCAAUUUGGUGGCGAACCUGAGUGUAGCCCAGUUAUUUUUCAAAUACAAGGGAAUAUACGGCAGCCCGUUUUCAGUUGCAAGUUCAGUGCAGACCGGAAUUCAAAAUCCCGGUAUCUCCCAUCAGAUGGCACUGUUAACAGCAAUCGAGGAUGGAUGACAACUUUUUCCGGCGAGAAAGAACGUUCAGGAAGAGAGAGAAAGGGGUGGAUGAUCAUGAUAUAUGAUCUCUCUGGCUCCCCAGUUGCUGUUGCUUCUAUGAUCACACCAUUUGUCCCAUCUCCAGGCUCAGACCGUGUUUCUCGAUCAAACCCAGGUGCAUGGCUAAUUCUCCGGCCUCAUGGUUUCUCUGUCAGCAGCUGGAAACCAUGGGGUCGCCUUGAGGCGUGGAGAGAAAGAGGUCCAAUUGACGGCCUUGGUUAUAGGUUUGAGCUCGUAACAGACAACGGCGGCCCAAGCGGAGGCAUCCCCAUUGCUGAAGCUACAAUGAGUAUAAGGAAGGGCGGCCAAUUUUGCAUUGAUAACAGGAUUAUAAGAGAUUCAGGAUUAAGUUCACGAUCACCAGUGAAGGGUUUUGUGAUGGGUUCCACCGUUGAAGGCGAAGGAAAAGUUAGCAAGCCUGUGGUACAAGUUGGGGUACAGCACGUGACUUGUAUGGCUGAUGCUGCUCUAUUUGUAGCUCUUUCAGCAGCUAUUGAUCUGAGCAUGGACGCUUGCCGUCUCUUCUCCCACAAGCUUAGAAAGGAACUCUGCCAUGACGACCAGGAAUCCUUCUUUUAGAGCUUACCCAGCAGUUUUAACUCCUGAUCAGCAAAACAACUGUUGGUUUGAGCAAACAAUUAAAGACGUUUUUGAAAAUUUUUAAUUUUUGUCCUUUUUCCAUUUCAAAAUUUUCCUAUUCUUUCAUUUCCUUGAGAAUUCUAUAAAUUUUUCUCCUGGUACGUAGGAGCGUGGCAUUAGAUCUGGUUUUGGAAGCUUGUCUAUUGGUUGAUUAGGUAGUUGGAAUUCAUAAGUUAUUGUCGGUUUUGAUAUGCUAGAGGGUUUCUGUUUUGUUACAUAACUACACCAACAGAAUGAAACUGUACAGAAAAGAGAUAAAGGCGAUUGUUUGUUCA